GAAGCCGCCAACCACUCAAUCGCCCGUGAAACGACCAGCCCUGCUCAUUGCGACUCUUGAAGAACUCAUUACCGAACCCCCUUUGAGCCCUUUCGAAAAUGUCCGCCCAGCCAGAUCAGCAGAUGGAGGGCGUCCAGGACCCCACUACCGAUGUCAAGGGCAAGGGCAAGGCCCAGGAAGGCGAGACAAUGGAGGAGUCUAUGGACGACGACUCUAGCGAUGAGUCUGGAGCCGAAGAACAGGCUGGUGAACCCGAAGAGGUCGACGAAGACAACAUGGAGGAAAUCGAGACGGCAAACAUCAUGAGCAGCCGCACGCGUGGCAAGAACAUCGACUUUGCCAAGGCCAACCAGGAACUCGGCGACGAUGACGAGGACGACGAUGAUGAGGAUUUCGUCGAUCCCGAUGACCAGAUGAAGGACUAGGAGACGGCUGCACAAGCAACCGUUUUCUUUGUCUCUUGACUGCUUACUUGGGGGCGCGAACCAACGGAUCUUUCAAAGUCGAUAUUCGGAUUUGGAUCUUGACACAUACACACGUACACAUAUAACAAGUGCCAUUGGGCGGUGAUGAGAAGUGGGACCAUCGUUGGGGGGGUCUGCACUUGCGCUUUUUGCUUGAUGGCUGAAUUAGUGGCAUGGGAGGGCAAUGCGGAUCCAUAGAUAUGGCGGCAUUUGCGCGCGCGUGCGACAACCGAGCGCCUGCAAUUGCAUAAAAACCAUGCAAAUUGGAUACUCCCGACGUCUGCAGAGCCAUGCAUCAGCGUUAUAUUAUAAUGAAAAUAAGGAUUGC